GGAAACAACAGCACCAUUAUCAAUGAGUUUGUAUUUGUACAUUUAACAAACAGUUUUGUACUGCAAAUCAUCCUCUUUCUAGUGUUCUUGACUUUCUACAUUGCCACUUUGGUGGGAAAUCUUGGAAUGAUCACUUUAAUCAUGAUCAGUCCCCAUCUCCACACCCCAAUGUACUUCUUUCUCAGCAAUCUCUCCCUGCUGGAUGUUUGCUUCUCCUCUGUGGUGACCUCUAAGUCCUUGGCAAACCUUGUAUCAGAGACAAAGACUAUUUCCUUUAUGGGGUGUGCAAUGCAAAUGUAUUUUGUAAUAGGUCUAGGAAGUGCAGAGUGCUUUCUCCUUGCUGCAAUGGCAUACGACCGCUACACAGCUAUCUGUAAACUACUGCUCUACCCAGUCCUCAUGUCCCCCAAAGUCUGUAUUCUUCUGGUGGUAGGUUCCUACGUUCUUGGGCUUCUGCAUUCUCUUCUCCACACUGUCUUCACGUUCCAAUUGCCAUUUUGCCAGUCCAAUGAGAUCAAUCAUUUAUACUGUGACAUCACAACUCUUCUAUCACUGUCCUGUUCUGAUAUCUAUAUGAAUGAACUCCUGAUUUUUUAUGUUGCGGGACUUGUAGAAGCCACCACUUUGCUGAGUGUCCUGAUUUCUUAUGUAUAUAUUCUUGUCAACUUUGUGAAGAUCAGCCCAACCACAGGAAGACUCAAAGCCUUCUCCACUUGUACCUCACAUUUGACGGUUGUUACAAUCUUCCAUGGUUCUAUCCUCAUUUUGCAUUUCCGGCCUAAGCCUACGAAUGGAUCAUUUAUCGAAGAUGUGAGUGACAAAAUUCUCUCUGUCUUUUACACAAUUGUCAUUCCCCUGCUGAACCCCUUGAUAUACAGCCUGAGAAAUAAGGAGGUGAAGGAUGCCUUGGGAGUUGUCCAGAGGAAAGUGUGUAGCAAUAUAAUGAGGUAG